AUGGCGGGCCACGGGCAGGACCGCAAGACGAUCGAUCUGGAGGAUGGGUGGGCGUUCAUGCAGCGGGGCAUCACCAAGCUCAUCAACAUCCUCGAGGGCAAGCCGGAGCCGCAGUUCAGCUCCGAGGACUACAUGAUGCUCUACACGACGAUAUACAACAUGUGCACGCAGAAACCCCCGCACGACUACUCGCAGCAGCUCUAUGACAAGUACCGCGAGGCCUUCGAGGAGUACAUCCGGGCCACGGUCUUGCCAUCAUUAAAAGAGAAGCAUGAUGAGUUUAUGCUCAGGGAGCUGGUACAAAGGUGGUCGAACCAUAAAGUUAUGGUUAGGUGGCUUUCACGCUUUUUCCAUUAUCUUGACCGGUACUUCAUCACACGGAGGUCACUUACUGCACUUAGAGAUGUUGGGCUUAUUUGCUUCCGUGACCUGAUAUUUCAAGAGAUCAAAGGGAAGGUAAAAGAUGCGGUGAUAGCUCUGAUCGAUCAAGAGCGUGAAGGUGAACAGAUUGACAGGGCCUUGCUGAAGAACGUCUUGGAUAUAUUCGUUGAAAUUGGGUUAGGUAAUAUGGAUUGUUACGAGAAUGACUUCGAAGAUUUCUUGCUUAAGGAUACUACAGAUUACUACUCUGUCAAAGCUCAAAGCUGGAUUGUUGAGGAUUCUUGUCCUGAUUACAUGAUAAAGGCUGAAGAGUGCCUGAAAAGUGAGAAGGAGCGAGUUGGUCACUACUUGCAUAUUAACAGUGAGCCAAAGUUGCUGGAGAAAGUGCAAAAUGAGUUGCUUGCCAGUUAUGCAACACAACUUCUGGAGAAGGAGCAUUCUGGAUGUUUUGCAUUGCUUCGGGAUGACAAGGUUGAGGAUCUUUCAAGGAUGUACAGACUCUUCUCAAAAAUCACCCGCGGUCUGGAACCUAUUUCUAACAUGUUUAAAACGCAUGUUACGAACGAGGGUACAGCUUUGGUCAAGCAAGCAGAAGAUUCUGCUAAUAACAAGAAGCCAGAGAAGAAGGAGAUGGUUGGCAUGCAGGAACAGGUUUUUGUCUGGAAAAUCAUUGAGCUGCAUGACAAGUAUGUAGCAUAUGUGACAGAUUGUUUUCAGGGCCAUACACUCUUUCACAAGGCACUUAAAGAAGCCUUUGAGGUCUUCUGCAAUAAGGGUGUCUCUGGCAGUUCCAGUGCUGAAUUACUUGCCACAUUCUGUGACAACAUUUUGAAGAAAGGCUGCAGUGAGAAGCUCAGCGAUGAAGCCAUUGAGGAUGCUCUUGAGAAGGUGGUGCGGUUGCUCGCGUACAUUAGUGAUAAAGAUCUCUUUGCUGAGUUCUACAGGAAAAAACUUGCAAGGAGAUUGCUUUUUGACAAGAGCGCCAAUGAUGAACAUGAAAGAAGCAUCCUGACAAAGCUCAAGCAGCAGUGCGGCGGGCAGUUUACUUCAAAAAUGGAAGGCAUGGUUACUGACCUUACCGUUGCAAGAGAUCAUCAAACUAAGUUUGAAGAGUUUGUAGCUGAUCAUCCGGAGUCAAAUCCUGGGGUAGACUUGGCUGUCACUGUCUUGACAACAGGAUUCUGGCCAACCUACAAAACUUUUGACAUAAACCUUCCCUCCGAGAUGGUGAAAUGUGUGGAGGUUUUUAAGGAGUUCUACGCAACAAGAACAAAGCACAGGAAGCUUACCUGGAUAUACUCCUUGGGAACCUGCAAUAUCAGUGCAAAAUUUGAUGCUAAAACUAUAGAGCUCAUUGUUACAACAUAUCAGGCUGCGUUGCUGUUGUUGUUCAAUGGAUCUACUAAGCUUAGUUACUCUGAGAUUGUAACACAGCUGAACCUGUCAGAUGAUGAUGUUGUCCGUUUGCUUCAUUCUCUCUCUUGCGCGAAAUACAAGAUUCUUAGCAAAGAACCAGCUGGUAGAACUAUUUCGCCCAAUGAUUCUUUUGAGUUCAAUUCGAAAUUUACUGACAGGAUGAGGAGGAUCAAGAUACCCCUACCUCCUGUCGAUGAGAAGAAAAAGGUUGUUGAGGAUGUUGACAAGGACCGGAGGUAUGCAAUUGAUGCAUCAAUUGUGCGGAUCAUGAAAAGUCGCAAAGUUAUGGCCCAUACGCAGCUAGUUGCAGAAUGUGUGGAGCAGCUCAGCCGCAUGUUCAAGGUACUGUUCUCUACAUACUUGGUCACUGGGAGUUUGGCACAUCUUGCUACUAAAGCGCAUUUAACAUCAUCGAUUUCCGUUUGCAUAACUCGUUACUGUCAAACAUUACCAUAUUCAUUGGCAUAG